AUGGCUUCCGACGAGAUUGUUUGGCAGUACAUAAACCAAAAUUUCUGCGCAUUCAAGAUACGGACGCCGAACAACCAGAAACAGACCAACUUUUGCCGCAACGAGUACAAUGUCACCGGGCUUUGCAACCGACAAUCCUGCCCACUGGCGAACAGCCGAUAUGCCUCUGUUCGACCUCACCCAGAGAAGCCAAACGUUCUUUACCUCUACAUGAAGACCAUCGAGCGCGCACAUAUGCCGAAUCGUCUUUGGGAGAAAAUACGGCUGCCGUCAAAUCCUCAGGAGGCUCUGGCGAUGGUGGACGAAAAAUUGAUGUACUGGCCGGAUUUCCUCAGGCUCAAAGCCAAACAACGAGUCUGGCGCCUCAACCGAGUCGCCACCCGCAUGCGAAAACUAGCCGCCGAGGAGGAGCGACUUGGAGAGAAACUUGUUCCCAAGCUUGCGCCCAAGGUGAAGCACCGUGAGACCGCCCGCGAACGCAAAGCAGAGGCGGCUGCGAGACUGGAGAAGACGAUUGAGAGAGAGCUGCUGGAAAGAUUGCGACAGGGCGCUUACGGUGACCAACCUUUGAAUGUGUCACAGAAGAUCUGGGAGAAGGUCCUCAAGGGCCUCGAGAAGGAGGGCCAGGGCGUCCGCGACGAGGACCUAGAUGAGGGUGUUGAGGAUGAGGAUGAGGAAGAGGCCGAGAGGGAACUCGAAGAGGAGGACGACGACGAGCUCGAGGGCAACGUUCAGUACGUCAGUGAUGUCGAAGAGAGCGAUGACGACCUUGGAGAUCUUGAGGACUGGAUGGCCAGCGAAGAUGACGACGAUGACGAAGACGACGAAUCCGAGGAGGACAGCGAGGAAGAGACGGGCAAGGUGGGCAAGGCGAAGGCUGGCGACAAGCGCAAGAAGGCGGCCAAGAAGGUCCUGAAGGGCAGGAAGAAGACCAAGGAGCAAGAACUGGAAGAGGAAACGGGCAGAGAGAAGCUGCUCGCGUUCUAA